UAUCAGAAACUGCGUUCUAUUUAUUGCAACAAAUAAUUUAAUACGUUCACAUCAAAUAUUAUUAUUUAAAUAUUAUUAAAUAUCAUAUAAAACAGUUAAAUAUUAUAAUCCUUCUGAUUAUAAUUUAUUAUUAUCAGAUCCUAAAACCUGGAUUCCUUAUCUAAUAUUUAAAUAUUAUCUAUUUACAAAAAAAUUAUUAUUUGAAAAAUAUACACUUGGGAAAUACACGAACAUAAAAUAACCUGUAUGUAACCUAGUCGACCACCUGAACUGCACCAAGGGGCGAGACACUUCACAACCUGUGCCAUCAUCGAACGAGAGACCUCAUUGUAAGCCGACCAAACCUGAAAAAUGGCUGAAGAAAGAGCACAUCAAUCCAGCCUACGACGUUAUUGGAGUAACCCCGUGUUCAAGGCACCUGCAUUUAUCGGUCCCAAUAUACCAACUACUCCAAAUCUACUAUAUCGAUUUCAUGUAACCAGAGACCAUCGGCGUACUAUCGUAUACGAUCAACCUGACAGUAAAUUGGUUGAAAUCAGCGAUAUAUCUUUCAAACCAGCGCCAAAACCAGCCAUUAUCACAACAUUACCUGACUUUACAAGGGUACCGUUUAUCGUACCACUAACAAUCAAAAUUGGAGAAUCUACGCACGAGAGCCAAUACGACCUGCGUGACACUGUACCGGAAGACACCUGGAGAACUUAUUGGCGAGAAUUAUGCCAAAAGGUUGAAGCAUUAUCACCUACUACUAGAACAGUGGGAACUCAAACCGCCGAGACCAGAUUAUCAUCUGUUCCUGGAUCAACGGGGUGUCUCAGAUGUAAAAGAAAGGGACAUUCCCAUCAAGAAUGUUCCAAUGCUAAAUUUGGAGACGAUUAUUGUACCAGUUGUCUACGAGUAGGACACAACAACAACUCCUGCCCAUAUUUAUCAUCAUCAUCAGCUGGUUUUGAACUAAUGAAAGAAUUUUGUCUAUCAUGCAAGACACAGCAUCCAUAUUUCGACCCUAAAUGCAGAGCCUGUAGAACUCGGGUUAACUUGAGCCGAGAAGACAGAGGAGCCGUGGACAUCUUACCACCCUAAUCACAAUCACCUGCAUCAAACCAAGUGUCUCGCACCUGAGGUAACACGUUCAGUGAGUUUAUUCUUACUUUUAUGUUUUAAUUUCAACAUCCUCUAUUCUCUGGGCUUCACCCAAAACUUUAGAAAAAAAAAAAAAGAGGAGAGACAUAUUAUUAUUUCAAAAAAAAAAAAUUAUUAUUUAUCAACUCAUUUAAUUACUCAAGUUUUCUUUGCAAAAAAAAAAAAAAAAAAAAAAAAUUUUAUUUUCUUUUACACACCUCAGAAUGCGAA